AUGUUGACGGAAAUAGUCAUGUUCUACAGCUGUGCCAGGAAGUACUCAAAGUUUCUUGACGUUUGCAACACUCUGGAGAGAUUUGACCGCAGUCUGCAACUGGCGCCACCUGCAUGUGGCAUGAAAGUGAAGUUCACUACAAUAAUAACGGCUACUCCUGUAAUGUCUCACGUAAUUCAAGUGUACCUGACACUUAAGUUUUUAAAAGAUCAUGAAAUGACCAUGCGACGUAUUAUGACACUUGUUUUUUAUGUGGUCAUACACUGCAGACAAAUCUGUAUGUUGGCCCAAUUCUAUGAAGUCACUAAAUCUAUUGCUAAGAGAUUCAGACUGGUUAACGCUAAGAUCAGACAAGAGUUGAUCAUCCAGUGUUAUAGACAAUCAGUGCGACGCCGGAACCCGCGAUACAUCAAUUACAGACAAGACGGUACCUCCAGUACUAAGAUGAAGUCAUAUAUGAGCGCCUACCAAAUGCUGCGUGAUGCUGUAGACCAGGCAAAUGUGUUCUACGAUGACCUUCUAAUGAGUUCAGUAUUCUGCAAGUUUGUCGAUCUCUCCGUAAAAAUCUUCACAAUAUACUGUAAUCUCGUAUCUGAAAGACAAAUAAGGCACACAAUAAUCAGAAUACUGUCUCAAAUCUGUUACCUGCACCUGGUCGUCUCCUUGAGCUCUGACGUCACUCAAGCGGCAGACGAGACAGCACCAAUAAUCUGCAAGCUGAUCAACCAGGAUUUGGAUGCAGGGCUGAGGAAGCAACUGGAAACGUUCUUGAUGCAGCUAGCAGUUCAAAACGUGGUAUUUUCUGCAAGAGGAUUUUUCCAAAUCAGCAGACGAAUGUUAACUACGUUGGCAGCAACAGUGACAACCAAUGCAGUUAUCCUAAUUCAAUUUCAGUCCCAAUUUGCGUAA